AUGCAUUUUAGCGAGAACGAGGGGAUCGAGAAAAAAACCUUCGUGGUAACAGGCGGGUUGGGCUUCGUCGGCUCGGCCCUCUGCUUGGAGUUGGUCAGAAGAGGGGCCCGUCAAGUCCGGGCCUUUGACCUCCGGCCGGAGUCCCCUUGGUCCAACGAUCUCCGAAGUCGGGGAGUUUCUUGCAUUCAAGGUGAUGUUUCCGCUAAACGAGAUGUUGAGAAGGCCUUACGUGGGGUAGACUGUGUUUUCCACCUUGCUUCUUACGGCAUGUCCGGAAAGGAGAUGCUUCAGUUCGGCCGAGUUGACGAGAUUAACAUUAAUGGGACACUCCACGUGUUGGAUGCUUGCGCGGAGCACCAAGUCAAGAGACUUGUUUAUGUCAGCACGUAUAACGUCGUUUUCGGAGGGAAAGAAAUUGUAAAUGGAAAUGAAGCCUUGCCUUACUUUCCCAUGGAUGAUCAUGUGGACCCGUAUGGCCGUAGUAAAUCCAUAGCCGAACAACUCGUCCUGAAGAGCAAUGGUCGACCCUUCAAGAACAAGAAAGGAAAGUUAUACACCUGUGCUAUCCGACCAGCAGCUAUAUAUGGCCCGGGUGAAGAAAGGCACUUUCCGAGGAUCAUAAAACUAGCAAAGUUGGGCCUCGUGCCUUUCAAGAUUGGGGGAGAGAGCGUCAAAUCUGACUGGGUUUAUGCCGAUAACCUCGUGUUGGCCCUGCUAUUGGCUAGCAUGGGCCUUUUGGACGACAUUCCUGGUAGACUCGGUGAGCCGGUUGCUGCUGGUCAACCCUACUUCAUAUCCGACGGCUGCCCCGUCAACAGUUUUGAGUUCAUCAAGCCACUGCUCAAGGGUUUGGAGUAUGACUUGCCGAAGUUGAGGUUGACUGUACCACAUGCUCUUUUUCUAGGGAAGUUUUUCUCAGUGUUUUAUUCGCUUUUGUAUCCGUGGCUUGAUCGGAAGUGGCUUCCUCAACCUUUGAUCCUUCCUGCUGAAGUGUACAAGGUUGGCGUGACCCACUACUUCUCGAUCCUUAAAGCAAAGGAAGAACUUGGCUACAGGCCUUUCGUCAGCCCUCAAGAAGGCAUGUCCAACACAAUCGCGUACUUCAAGGACAAGAAACGGAAGACAUUGGAUGGGCCCACCAUAUACGUGUGGGCCUUCUGUGUAAUCGGGAUGGCCACGUUGUUUUGUGCCGCGUACUUGCCCGAUAUCGGGCCCAUUCCCUUGUUUAGAGCUUUUAGCCUUUUCUUCAUGCGCUCGAUGAAAACGAUGAGACUCGUUUUCCUACUUUCUGUGGCGGCUCAUUUUGUCGAGGCCGUUUAUGCAUGGUGGUUAGCGAGAAGAUUCGAUCCUUCGAACGCGAGAGGUUGGUUCUGGCAGACGUUGGCUUUGGGGUUUUUUUCGUUGCGUUUUCUGUUGAAGAGGGUAAAAGAAGUGAAGUCGGAAGAUUUACAUAACAAUGAUAACAAAUGA